AGUAGACUACCCCCCCCACCCCCCGAGUCGGCGGGGUCCUCGGGGUGUGGGGCGCUCGUCAGGAGCCGCCAUGUUGGGCCGGGCGGCGGCGGCGGGCGCGGGCCUGGGCCUUUUGCGGGCGGCGGGGCGAGCCCUGAGCCUGAGCCACGGCCGGGGCACAGUGGUGGUGGAGCGGUGGUGGCAGGUUCCGCUCAGCAAGGAGGGGCGGUCGCCGCGCCUGCACCCGCGCCGGCACCGCAUCUACCGCCUGGUGGAGGACACCAAGCACCUCCCCAAGGCCCCACUGGAGCUGAUCCUCACCCAGUCUGUUGAGAACCUGGGCAGCAGAGGAGACGUGGUCAGUGUGAAGAAGAACCUGGGGCGGAACAAGCUGCUGCCGCAGGGGCUGGCGGUCUACGCCUCACCAGAGAACCGGCGACUCUUUGAGGAGGAGAAGAAGCUGCGACAGGAGGGGAAGCUGGAGGCAAUCCAGACCCAGAGCGGGGAGAAGACCAUCAAAUUCCUCAAGAACUGCCGUCUCGAGGUGGGAAUGAAAAACAAUGUCAAGUGGGAGCUGAAUGCUGAAAUCGUCGCCCGCCACUUCUUCAAAAACCUGCGCGUUCAUGUUCCUCCCCACGCGCUGCGGCUGCCGAAGGAGCCCAUCACACGCUGGGGCGAGUACUGGUGUGAGGUGACGGUGAAUGGGCUGGACACGGUGCGGGUGCCGAUGGACGUGGUGGAGUUCCUGCGGCCCAAGACGCGGCGCUACCGGCAUUGGCUGCGGCAGCAGGAGGCACAGCUGGCGGCGCACAGGGAAGCGCUGCUCUGAGCUGGCCCCCCCACCCCCGGGCCCCCCCAGCACCCCAUCCAGAAUGGG